AUGUCUUCUACGCAGAGUCUCCAAGACAUCAACAACCAGACCAUGGGGACGUUAGCCAAGUCAUUCCCCAUUGUCACGCUCCCCAACGGCGACAAGCUGCCCACCGGCACAGUCGGGGCCUUGAUAGUCAACAUCAAGGCGUACGACGCCGGCGACGAGCACCAAAGAACGGCCCUUGAACCAGCCAUCAAGGCUGCAAUUCCAGUGCUGCGCAAGGUCGGCAUGUUCGACAUCUUUCCCGAAGACGAUUGGAUCAAAGGAGAAAGUGCAGGCAGGGCAUUGGUGGGAAGGCUGGCCAAGGAGGAAUGA